GUGGGGCUCCUGCGGAGCGCACAUUGCUCCAGCCCUUCUCGAAAGCGCGUGUCUACGCCUGAGCGAGAGACACUCCAGCAGGGCCAGCUAAGGAGGGAGCCGCGGGCGCUGGAGCCGAGAGCUCAGCUAAUAAAGAGUAAUCAGAUAAAUCCAGCCUGCGCAGCCGCCUGCCUCUGUGUGUGUGCUUGUGUGUGUGUGCGCGCGCGCCUCAGAGGACAGGGGCUCGGGCUAGAGCGGGGCAGCUGCGGGUGCGGUUUCUGCACACUUACCUUGAUACACGGGGACAGACCAGGAGCCAAACACCCACCCUUAAGCAAGGGGAGCUUUAUUUUCUUCCGUUCAGCGCGGACUCCAAGCGCCGCCCAUCAAUACCUUCGCUUGCUGACUGACCGUCCUUUCUUUUGGGGGUACGAAUCCCUGGCACUUGCUGGGAGUUUGCAAGCACGAGAGAGAGAAGGACUAUCCUUCUCUUCGGGUUUGGAUUUAAUCUCUUUCCUAUUCUUUAAUGCCCAGCGUCCUAGUCAACAAGGAACCGCUAGUGCAGUUUAUUAGGGUCUGCAAUAUGGGGGAUUAUUUGAGACUUCAAAUCCGAUACAUAUUUCUGUUUGUACAGAUGUUUACUGUGUAAAUUGUGCAACGAUAUACAAUUGGGCGGAAGAGGGAAAUCUGAAAAGCAGUUGGGUACCUACCAAAGGAGGCUGCUCCAGCUGACAGAUCUCUCCUCCAUAUUCUUACAGGAGCUGCUGCUACUGAGACUUCAACUGUUUUAUUACUUUCACGGAUUUAAAUGGACAUUUCCCGACAGUAUAUAUAAUCUCCAGGAGCGGCGUGUAAUCAGCUGUUUACUGUUUUCAUCACUAUUGUCACUGCCUGGGCAUGGUGUUUACCAUUGAAAAGUGGUCACACUUUGGAGCAUUUUUUCAAGGGAUGUACAAUUACUUGCUGACUUUCUCACGCAUUUGGAAUUAGAGCAACAGCUUGUUUGGUCGACUGAGGUGCCCGUGAGAGCAAAAUGUACUGGUCAAGCCAAGGGCAGGAGCCUUCUCUGUUAGUUCCCCACUCCCCCAAAGCUGUCCAGGCUUUAUUUCCUCACUUCCUUACAUCCCAAUAACUAAGAGAGGUUCUCCCACGGUGCAUUUCCACAUGGCUGCUUGAUCCCCCCUUCGCCGGCUCGCUCGCUAACAUAUUGCAUUAUCGGGGCUGCUGACAGCCCAUAUUAUUUCAAAGUUCUUUUUUUAAAAAAAAGGCUGAAGGGGCACAGGGAGCCAUUCCUGCCUUUUACGGGAAGGUGCGGGCACCACCAGGCUUGGGGCGCUGCUCAGGAGUCCUGCCUUUUGCCUUGGGACCCAAGGGGCGAGUCGGGGUGUUUUGGGGACCGCUGGGCUCCUUUCCUGCCAGAAGCUCAGGAGAAAGGCCCCUUCUCGCUGAAAGUGGCCCACACGGCUUCCCCUUUCCCGCUCCACUUUGUUUACCUCCGCCCGGGGAAUCGUUUGGACAGUGCGCCCCUCUCUCUCUUCUGCCUUCUCCCCUGCUCCGCAGGCCGCUUCCCCCCCGCCCCCGGGGAAGCUGAUCGCACGGCGGCUGCCCGCGCCCUGUUCCGGUGCUGCUUUUGCCCCGCUUUCAGCGCCCGUGGUGAUGCUAUGCCCCGCAAGCCGAGCGGAGGAGACGAGGGCAGCUCCGCCGGGCUCUGGAUGAAGAGCAGCCGCGCGGGCAGCGGCAUGAAGGAUGUGGAGUCCGGCCGCAGCAGGGUGCUCAUGAACUCGGCCCCCAGAGGGGACGGCUUGCUCCUGCUGGGCACCGGCAGCGCCAUCGGCCGAGGCGGCUCGCGGGAGAACCGGCGGGGGAAGCAAGGGGGAGCCCGGAUGAGCCUGCUAGGGAAGCCGCUGUCGUACAACAGCAGCCAGAGCUGCCGGAGGAACGUCAAGUACCGGAGGCUGCAAAACUAUCUGUACAACGUACUGGAGAGACCCCGCAGCUGGGCGUUCAUCUACCACGCGUUCGUUUGGAAGGGUCCAAUCCAGCCGAAAAGAGCCACAAUGUGGAAGCCCUAGAAGACUCUCAGAUCCCGAC